AUGGACUUCGAAUUCAAGAGAAGUAUAGCCUUUACCCCCCUUCGUUACAACGAUGUCGACAUUAUUUUGUCUUGUGGCUCCAUUUAUGAAAACGUUGGAGACUCGUUCCGAUAUUUCUACGAAGCUGUCGGCUACAGCGUCGUCCCUGGAUUCGACACGGGCAAGAAGAAGUCAGUCCAUCCGGAGGCGGUGGUGGUGCCUCGUGGGCCGCCGUGGGAAGAUGCACUGCGGAAGAUUGCGGACGGUUCACCGGUUUAUGUAAGGGUGGAGUUGAUCCCCAAGCAUAUGAAGACGGCGGCGGGAGCGCGCUUGCGUAUUGAUCGCUCCGGCAAGGUUUCUAAGGAGCCGGUGAAACUCGAUUCUGGCAUCCUCCAAAAUUUCUACGAAGCUGUCGGCUACUACGUCGUCCCUGGAUUCGACACGGGCAAGAAGAAGACAGUCCAUCGGGAGGCGGUGGUGGUGCCUCGUGGGCCGCUGUGGGAAGAUGCGCUGCGGAAGAUUGCGAACGGGUCAAUGGUGCAUGUGAAGGUGGAUUUGAGCCCCAAGCAUAUGAAGACUUCCGCGGCCGCGGAAGCGAUUUUGCAUAUUGAUCGCUUCGGCAUGGUGUCUAAGAAGCCGAUACAACUCUAUUCUGUAGCGUGUUGGAGUAGAGAGAAUACAAAUGUAACAAUUCACAACGUCACAAACUUAGCUCUCUCAAAGGCAAGUUCUUUCAGUAGCUCCGGCGAAUUCUCCGGUUCCGACAGCCAUUGCAGCAGCAUUCCGGUGACUUGUGAAGAAGCUAAGGAGGCAUUCUUCCGUGGUAUUUCUGGGCGAACGAGAUACAACAGAGACGCGUGCAUAGGGGUGUAUCCUUUGAGCUCUGCUAGUACAACAAAGAGGAAGAGACAAGAGACGCCAACUCCAAGUGUUGGAGGGCAAAGAAAAACACCAGUGAGCAGAGAUGAAGCUAUGAAUUAUGAACAGGUUGGAAUUGAGAGAAUCAGUGAACCAGAUUUUAAGAAGAGGAAAAUACUUUCAAAGAAUGGAUCCUCAACCAGUAAGCAACAAGAUGAAGAGUUAUGCAGCAUGCUUGCAAAUGAUGUAUUGGGAAAUGGACAAUUUCCUACGGACAAUGAAAGAUAUACUCUUCCACUGAAGGUCAGAUUUGAAGAUGAGGUACCCAAACCGGUGGAGAAAACAGAGUAUGAGAUGGAGAUGGACAACUUAUUUAACGUUCUAGACUGUAGUUCGGCUUUGGGUAAAGCGCAACCCCUUGACUACCCCAAGCAAGUAAUGCCAAGCAUAUGAAGACGAAGACGGCGGCGGAUGCGAUCUUCGAAAUUGAUCGCUUCGGCAUGGUGUCUAAGAAGCCAAUAGAAUUCGAUUUGACUAAAAGAUGGUACUACCUCUGUCCCUGAAAAUUUGAUACAAUUUACCAUUUCGGUCCG